CGCUCAUAAGCCGCGUCACUUUUUUUUUUUUUUGAAAAAAAAAACAAAAACGAUCUGCUGAAGUUGGGAGUUUAGUUGACUGUAGGACGGCGUCGGUGUCGCUUUUAAAGUGGAAAAGUCGACAGGGAGGAGGGGGCGCGCACUUUAGAGGCUCUCACACAGCGACAGUCACCUGUAGGAGACUGCAGAUGCGCACCUCGACUCCUUAAAUUUGCGCUGCCUUUUUGAACUUGAGCUGUAGAACAUAAUUUCCUUCUCUUUUUUUCCCACUGGAUUGUUACAUGUUUAUCUGGAGAAAAAGUUUGAAAUCUCACUGGAUAAAUUAGAACCUAUCAAGAGAUGGAAAUGGAAAGUUCCGAAGACUUUUCUGCAAGUAACAGCCAAUGCUCUUCCAGUAAGGAGGACUCAAGAAUGUUAGUGGAUAUGUCAUCACCUCAUGUACCAUCACAUCCCCAUGGUCCUAAUUCCCCAAAUGAAGUGGCCAUAAAGCAAGAGGAAGAUCUUGUGGAAAAUGGUGACAACAGCAGCUCGGCACCUGAAGAAAUGGGCCACACAGGAGAUGAAGGAGCAACAAUGGAGGAAUCAUUGACGAACAGCCCACACAAUGCACAGGAUGGGUUGUCUGGGCCAAAUGUACCAUCAGAUCCAGUAAUUCGACAACAAAAUGGUGAAAGGCCAUUCCAGUGCAACCAGUGUGGUGUGUCUUUCACCCAGAAGGGAAACCUGCUGCGACACAUAAAGCUGCACACAGGUGAAAAACCCUUCAAAUGCCCCUUCUGCAGCUAUGCUUGCAGACGUCGCGAUGCCCUCACUGGUCAUCUCCGCACUCAUGCUGUUGGAAAGCCACACAAGUGCAACUUCUGUGGACGGAGUUACAAGCAACGAACAUCCCUGGAGGAGCACAAAGAGCGGUGCCACAGUUACCUCAGCUUGGAUCCUGGUGCCAACACAGGCCCUUACCCAGGUGAAGUUGCAAAAGAGGUCAGGGCCAUGGCCGAGCAUGGCAGUAUGCCAGGCUUUGAUCGGCCGCCUGUAAUCGAAAGGCUGCCCACUAAUGUUGGCAAGAGGAAGAGCACUACACCUCAAAAAUUUGUGGAGGAAGAGAUUGAGCAAGCCAGAGCAAGCAAAGGGCUCAAAGGAGAAAAGAUUCGCUACAGCUAUCCUGAUAUAAGCUAUCAUGAGAUGCGCCUGAAGUAUGAAAAUCAUCCUGAAUUGAUACCACCCCACAUGAUGGACCAGGCUAUUAACAAUGCCAUGACAUAUUUGGGAACAGAUGGAAUACGUCCUAUGCUCCACCAUCCUGGUCCAUCUAUAUCUAUGGCUGAUGUUGUACCCAUUGUAAACCCCCUUUACCACCAUGUCCUGCCAGUGGGUCAGCAACCAGAACGUCCAGGGAACUGUGAAACACUUCCACCACAUCCAAAUCAAUCCCAUGAGUUUCCAAGCCAUUCCACUUCAAACGGCACCAGCUCAUUAAGUCGGCAGAACAAGCCACCUCAGCCAUCACAGGAGGAAUCAGCAAGCAACAGUGGCGUUGAUUCAGCCGACUCUGCUCGGAGCAGUCCUCAGGACAGGCAGGGCUACCUUAACCCCAAUGCACCUGCAAGCCACAGGUUACGAGCCAGUCCAGCUGUGGGCUCUGGAGAGCGAGUUAUAAAUGCAUCACCCAGUAGUGGGGCAGGUAUGGGAGCGGGUAUGACGCGAGUUGCCACAGAACGGCCAGUGGGCCACGAAGGAGUGCGAGUGUUUGCUCGGGAGGGCCACGAGCUGCGAGCUUUUCAGUGUGAGCACUGUCGGCUGCUGUUUCUGGAUCACGUGAUGUACACCAUCCACAUGGGCUGCCACGGUUACAGGGAUCCCCUGGAGUGCAAUAUCUGUGGUCACCGAAGCAAAGACCGCUAUGAGUUUUCCUCGCAUAUAGUUCGAGGGGAGCACACUUUUCAUUAAAUGGGACUAAUCAGAAACAAGCUUAGGAAAGAUAUGAACGUCAACCUGCCAUCCAUCCUUUUCCUGUGAAAAGGCAUAAUUCAGUGGCGCUGUAGACAAGUGUAGCACAAUCAAAGACUUUCUUUUUAAGCUACUGGUUGUAAAUUGGAGCUUUUGAACAAUCACAUGAAGGUAUGGGCCAAAGACAUGAUUUUUACUUAUUUAUAUAACUUAGAAAGAAAAAAAAAACUUUCAAUUAUUUUUCUUUUUUUUACUAAUCAGUUGUUCAUCAGAGCAACUGCUAGAGGGCUUAAGAAGUUUUUCUCAUUUUACAGUCACGUGGAAAUGUCUUUCUUGGAGAUUUUGAGUUGAGUUAGCCUUCAAUGAAUAGCCAGUAUCACAAUGGCAAAGUCAGAUGCUAUGAGGGAUGAGUAAAAUGUAUAAAGAAAAGAACAAUAGAACAAACUCACUGGUGCAUUACUGGUUAUAUUAACGAGUUUAAGGUAAACCAUAUAUGAAAAGGUACAAAUGGUUCGAUUAUUUUUCAUAGAAAUUCAAACAGCUUGGAAAAGUGGUAAAGUACCAUUACCUCUGGAUUCAAUUUUACAAGUUUUACAAUCAAACAUUUUUUGGAGAUGAUUCUUCCAAAGUUAUACAAAAGAUUUUCGCUAAGCCUAUUGUUUUGAUUUAAAGUUCUCAUUUGGGUUAUACUGAUUUUUUAAAUUCUCUUUUUUUAUUUUGAAAUUCAAAAUAAUACAUUCAAAUGGAAGCACUAGUUUUAUGGUAAAAUG